GAGAGAGAGAGACCCCUUUGCGGCUGUGUGUGUCCUCACCACCACCACCCCGGGGCCCCUGGAUGGAAGCGGGGGAUGGGGUCGUGGAGAAGGAAGGCAGCUCCGCGCGUUUGUCUUCCCUUCCCGUGAAUUAGCCCCGCUGCCACCCCGCCGAGGGAAAGGACCGGGCAGGGACGGGGGGAAGGUGGAAGCAAGGCGGCGAAGCAGGAGCUCCCAGCUUCUCCCAGCGGCGAGACUCGGCUCUUGAAGUGAACGUGUGAAUGCGGGGGGAAGCGAUGCCGUGGAGGCUGCGCUGGGUUUGGUGGUGGGCGUUGGUGUGCGGGAGCUAUUGCUGCGCCCUGCCCGGGCUGGCUCUCCUGCCCGCCGCGGGGGCGCUUCUCCUGGGCAGCCCGAGCGCCGCGGGCUUCGGCUCCGGGAAGACUCAGGCUCAGGGUCCCGUCUCCACCGCUUCUUCCUCCCAAGCGGGCUUCCUCUACCGCCGCCUGAAGUCCCACGAGAAGCGGGAGAUGCAGAAGGAAAUCCUCUCCGUGCUGGGCUUGCCACACCGGCCCCGGCCCUCGCACGGGCUUCAGCUGCAGCAGCCCGGAGACCCCGAAGUGCCUCUCCCGCAGCAACGCCGGCGGCAGCAGCACCAGCAGUCCGCGCCUCCGCUGGGCAGGCUGAACUCCGCGCCCCUCUUCAUGCUGGAUCUCUACAACACUCUGUCCGGCGAGGAGGAGGAGGAGGAGGAGGAGGAGGAAGCGGCGGCGGCGGAGGAGGGAGGAGAGCCCGAGCAUCGCGGCGGAGGCACCCGGCACAUCUCCACUGCGCGACCCCCGCAGCCCAAAACUCUCCUGACCCACAACCUGGGCGCCUCCGGCAGUCCUAGCCUCGCCACCUCGCAGGACAGCGCUUUUCUCUACGAGGCCGACAUGAUCAUGAGCUUCGUCAACCUGGUUGAAUAUGACAAGGAAUUCAUGCCUUAUCAGCAUCAUCACAAGGAGUUCAAAUUUAAUUUGUCUCAGAUUCCAGAAGGAGAGGCUGUUACUGCUGCUGAGUUCCGAAUCUACAAGGACUGUGUUUUUGGAGGCUUUAAAAAUCAAACCUUUCUGAUUAGCAUCUAUCAAGUAUUGCAAGAAUAUCAGAACAGAAAUUCAAACUUGUUUAUGCUGGACACACGAAUAGUAUGGGCCUCAGAAGAAGGAUGGCUAGAAUUUGACAUCACUGCUACUAGCAACAUGUGGGUGAUAAAGCCUCAGCAUAAUUUGGGACUCCAGAUGAGUGUGGUGACUAGAGAGGGUCUCAGCAUAAACCCUAGAGAAGCAGGACUAAUAGGCCGAGAUGGCCCUUAUGAUAAACAGCCUUUCAUGGUGGCUUUUUUUAAAGUGAGUGAAGUUCAUGUUCGGACUGUGAGGUCAGCACCCAGCAGACGCAGAGACCAGAACAGAAACCGUUCCACACAACCACAAAGUGUUUCCAGGACAUCCAGUAUCACAGAUUACAACAGCAGCGACCUAAAAACCGCUUGCAGAAAACAUGAGCUUUAUGUUAGCUUCCAAGACUUGGGAUGGCAGGAUUGGAUAAUUGCACCAAAGGGUUAUGCAGCAAACUACUGUGAUGGAGAAUGCUCUUUCCCUCUCAAUGCUCAUAUGAAUGCCACAAAUCAUGCCAUUGUGCAAACUUUGGUUCACCUAAUGAAUCCAGAGAACGUUCCUAAACCAUGCUGUGCUCCCACAAAACUUAACGCAAUUUCAGUUCUUUACUUUGAUGACAAUUCCAACGUCAUUUUGAAAAAAUACAGGAAUAUGGUGGUAAGAGCUUGUGGGUGUCACUGACAAACUAUCUUUACAAGAUGCAGCAAAAAAAAAAAAAAGAACAUCUAGUGCUUCCGGAACAGCAUUUGUGCCUUAAGAAAGAAUAAUGAAAAGCAAAGAAUUCUGUUAAGUAUUUGCACACUCGUUGCUUUUUGAUCUGAUAAUUUUAAGUAGGCCAGAGCAAGUGAUUAAAUAUGGAUCCUACGAAUACAAAUCGAUAUGACCAAAAUGACCUGAUGUUUGAGCUACAUUCAGCCAAUGAGUGUCCCUCACAUUUUGGAUAAUAUCUCAAGAAGAAAACAGGAGUCUAAGAAAUAAAAAGCACAAUUUUAAGUUGAAAUUGCAACCACAUAGAAGUUAAACUAUCUUUGCUUACCCUUAAAGCAUAGAAACUAAAUAUGCAAGGCCUGAAAACUACUGCAGGAAAAUGUCUUCUAUUUUGAUGAACUGUUUCACUUAAACUGCUUCCUUUAGAAGCUAAACACAGCUUUUAUACAUUGUCCUUUCAAAUAAAACUGCAUAUGCCUCUUAAUAAUCAGAUUAGGACAACCUUGGUUGAGCUACCAUUUUGGGAAGAAGGGGGUAUUUUAGAGGCAAAAUUAUCACAUAGGAAGAUGCUUCUGUGUUAUUUUCAAAGGCAUUUUCUACAGUUACACCCUAUUGCUAAUUCUGACUUUCUUAGUGUCUUGGCAUCACCAUGACCAAGUGUGCACAUGAACCCAGAGUCUAUUCCUUAGACGAAAAACAUGCAACUCCAAUGGACCUAUGGAGGAAUUGAGGAGUUUCAAACUACAUGGGUUUUUUUUAAAAAAAAAAUCUGGUUUCCUGAAAUGGGAAAGAAAAUGAAUUGUACCAAGUUGACUAAAGAAGAUGAGACACUUACCUGAUUGCUCUUCAGAAUAAUGUAAGUUGGCAAGAUGGAAAUGAGUAGAACUGCUUUACAUUUUACUAAUGGAAACGGGGCAUAUUCUUAAUGUGAGAAAAAAUACAUCUCAAUGGUUAUAUGAACCUUAUUUCUAAUGCCCAGGCAGAAUUUCAACAAAGUGCACUUCUCUUUGACUACUUUGCAUUUUAAGAAGAUUUUUUUUGUAAAUAGCUAAAGGUAUAAUUUAUUGCAGUCAUCAGAUAUAUUAACUUUGAUGUAUUAUUUAGUAAGACCAUGGUGUGUUUUUUUAAAAAAAAAAUUUUUUUUAUUCAGAAAGCGUGUAAACAAUUGUACCACUUGAUUUUGUACAAGGAACUCAUGAGUUACAACUUAGCCGGCUCGUAAGAUUGUGCUUCUUAUAGGUUUUUAAAAUGAAUAAAGGCUCCCUUUAAGGCAGAAAUAUGUGUUGAUUUCUCUGCCGCGUGUGAUUAGCCCUUUCAGUUAACUUCCACAAUUCACAAGGAUUUUUUUCCCCAGCUUUGUUCUGGACAAAUUCUCUAGCCUUCAAAAAAUGAAGGAGUUACGUACUAGAGUACAAGCACAGAGCAUCUAGACAUGGCUAUGAAUAUCGUAUAUCCUCUCCUAUCGUAGACCUGCAGAUAAUGACCCGUAACUCUGCCCCAAAAAGAUGGCAAUAAUCCAUAUGCAAAAUAGAUCAAGAUUUAGCUGCUAUAGUUUGAUCUUGUAUCACUACUUGCACAAUAAAGUCUUUGGCUUUAAUUCUCCCCCUUAGGGCAUACUAAAUUGGAAACAGGAUUGAGUGGGGGCUGGAGAAUACACAAACCUAUGUUAUCAUCUAGAAAAAUUUGAUGAGCAAGUUUGAUUUCUUUGUUUCUGUGGACCUGGGACAAGAGAAAAGGUCUUUCGUAGACUUCUAAAGUUGUACUUGUUCAUAUGUAAACAUGGAUCCUAGCUAAUCUGAAUAUGGCAAGUUGUAAAUAGGGGGACAAUCCUCACCCAGGGAAAUUUGAUUUAUGACGUUUAGAAUUGAAAUGAACAUCAAAU